GCCGGGAAGGCGCUUCCGGAGGCGGGAGGUCGCGGCGUGGAGCAGCGGCGCGGCGCUGCCCGAGCGGUGCUGGCGGGACGGCGGGAGCGGAGCGGCGGGGCCCGUGUGCGGCGCGCUGCGGAGGAAGGCACCGGCCGGCUCCGCCAUGUCCUACUGCAGGCAGGAAGGAAAAGACAGAAUAAUAUUUGCAACCAAGGAGGACCAUGAGACACCGAGCAGUGCUGAGCUGGUUGCAGAUGAUCCAGACGACCCUUAUGAAGAGCAAGGAUUGAUAUUGCCCAAUGGAGAUAUCAACUGGAAUUGCCCAUGUCUGGGUGGAAUGGCGAGUGGUCCCUGUGGGGAGCAGUUCAAGUCAGCCUUUUCUUGUUUCCACUAUAGCACGGAAGAAAUAAAGGGAUCAGACUGUGUGGACCAAUUCCGUGCCAUGCAGGAAUGCAUGCAAAAAUACCCAGAUCUUUACCCUCAAGAGGAUGAAAAUGAUGAGAAGUCCAGCAAAGAUUUGGAAGCUGCCUCUAUGGAGGCCACUGCUGCCAAAGAGGAGGAGGGAUCCAGCUAAUGAAGAUGCAAGGAGGCUGUUGUCUCCAUUGCUCAUUGUCAGAGACAUGGACUUCUGCAGUGUGUCUGUCUUCUGAGUAGUGAGGGAAUGUUUCACCAUAUUCUGUGCACUGUAUCAUAAUAAAUAAUUUAUUCCUGAAGGAGAAAUUUCAGAGCUUCAGCCUUGCAAAUAAGUACUGCAAAAAGAGCGAGUGUGUGUAUGUACUGUGUAACCUUCGGACACAGUUAAAACUUUAACAGCUGUUCUUUACCCUCAAGUUUUCCUUGAGUUUUGACUUGAAUAAUGUCUUGAAGUACAUAGCUUUCAACUAAAAUUCCACUGGCACACCAGGUCUGUCUUCAUUUCAGUAUGUUGUGAUCAGUAGCUGAUUUUUGUUUAAUGUAUUCUUUUCUAUCAAUAGAAAUUACAUUAAAUGAUUGUUUUUCCUUUAGGAUUUUUUUUCCGAAGUGAUGCAAGACAUUGAAAAUGGUCUAGAUCUAGAAUUUCUAAAAUAAUUUCAAAUGGUCUUACUAGAUUAUGGUUGCAUUUUACUACUGGCAUCAGAUCAGGACUGCCAGGAAAAUGUUGAAAUGCACAUCUUCUUUGAUUUCAUUUACUUACUGUGAUGCCUUUUGCAUUUUUAAAAAUGGUGUGUUGUGCAGCUGAUGAUUAAGAUGAAUGCAAAGAAUGUUGGUCACUGGCUUUAUUUUUGCUCUGAAAGUACUUUUGGGUUCAUUUGGUUAUUACCUUCUCCUUCAAUGUAUAGAUGGGCACUUGUGAAAUACUUUGAGAUAAAAUAAAUUGUUACCUGGUGUAAUGAUCUCAAAACAGAUACUGUGACUGAAGUGCAUAUUAAAAAGAAAAUACUUUUUACCCUCACUGGAAGCUCCUGUGUCUUCGUGGUGUGGUGUUUUGUUUGGUUGUUUUUUUGUUAACACUGAUUGGAUUUGAGAACUGUUCUGUGCUAUAAGCAGGCCUCAAAUGAAUUUGUGAGUUGUGAAGAUCAGUUGCUGCAUCUUGUCAGAUUUUUGUUCUCGUCUCUUGUCAGAUUUUUGUUCUCGUCUUAUUCUUUUCUCUGCAGCCCAGGCAGAAAGGCAUAAAAAACCUAAAGCUUUUUUAGCAGCUGUAGUAGACUGGAUCAUGAACCAGCAAAUAAACAUGAAUAGCUAUUAAAAUACUUGAAAAUUACUUGAGGUACAAAUAAUUUAAUAGUUCAUUAUUAUUCAGUAGCUCUAGAUAAGCUAUACUGCAGUGUUUGUCUUUCUGAGCAAAAGAUAGGCUGUGAGAUUUUUUUUCAAAAGAGAUUGUGGCUGUGGUUGUUUGGUUUUUUCUCUCCUUUCUACCUCACCCAAAGCAUAAAAGUUUGCAGUGUCAGUAAUGCAGCUCACAAAGUCCAGCAAUGUUUAAACACUUGCCUUUCUCUGUGGGCAGCGCUCUGGAGUGCCCAGAAGCAUUAAUUUUGUAUUGCACUUUUGUGUCUUGCUUGCAUAAGUGAGUUCGGUGCCACUGAUUCUGAAUGUUUGAGGGGAAUUUCUGUCAAGUUUUAAUAGUGUGUUUGAGCUGUUUGUAUUUCAGUGCAGCUGCUGGAUCCUCAGAAGAAAAUUUCUAGGCAGUUAAGUGGCUGACAACAACUUUGUUCUGAGGGCAGUGAUAGCCGGGACUCUAGGCAUCGCUGCUUUCCAAAGAAACAAAGUGACACAGAACUUCUCAGUGUGACUCUUUCAGGCAUGAGAAGCCAAGUGCCAAGUUAACCUGAGUAAACUGGCACAAAAGCAGCAGAGAUAAUCUUUGGCACUGAGGCAGUUGGGCCAUGCAAAUGAAAUCUUAGGCAAUAGAUGAGUACUGGGCACCAAGUUAGAAAAAAAUCACAUGCACCCGAGCUUCUGGUUGUUCAAAUGGAAAUCUAGUGCACUCUGUGAGGAAGCAAGAGCUGUUUGUCAAGAGGUGCCCUGUUCUAACAAGUUGCCUCUUCUUUCUUUUUUGCUGUGCUUUUCUUUCCCACAUUGCCUUUGUGCUCUAAAGUGUUUGAAUUUAUCCUCUGCAACUGUAUUUGUAGCAUCUGUGUACAAAACAUAAAAUGCGAGAAUUUUGGCCUAGUGGGUAGGGAUGUGCACCUAAUGCUGACAGAGGGAACUUGGGGCGUAAUCUGACAUUUCUGAAGGUGUGUUCAGGAUGGAUUUGCUUCUUUCUGACUGUGUGGCUUGGUAACCUGUUGUGCUGCAUCUAGUACAAACAUGAAAUAUGUGUAAGGAUCUUACACCAGAAACUGUGAAAAGGACUGUGUGAUGUGUUUGAAGUGUUUUGAGAAAGGAAGUCAUAGCUUUAAUCCUAAAUAGUUCUUUGUGGAUUUUUUUUUUGCUAUGUAAACUCAUGCAGUUGUGAAUGCAUAGAUAAUGUAACCCCUUGUUUCUGUUUCCCAGCAUUGCUUCAUUUGUGUGAUUUUCCUCCUAUAGUUACAUGCCCCAAUUUUAAAUCUAAAAUCAAUCAGUGGUUGUUUUAGUAUGUAAUAAAGAUGAUAAAAUGA